GUGGGACCAGACAGGGGGGAGCCGGGGGUGUGGGACCCCGGGGGACCCGCCCGGGGGGGCGCGGGCGCGUGUGCGGGCGGUCACGGCGGCGGGGAUGUGUCACGGGGCACACGCGGGGCCGCGCUCACCUGGGCACGUCAGCGCGGGGGGGGGAACGCGCACGGGGAACCCCCCCGGGACCCCCCCGUGCUCGGUGCACCCCCGGCCGCCCCCGGUCCGCGUGCCCCGGGCCCCCCCGCUCGGUCCGCGCCGGGACAGCCCCCGCGUCCCGCGUGUCCACGGGACCCCCGGGGGUCGCGGUGCCCCCGGAACCCCCGGUCGGUGCGUCCCCGCACCCUCGUUCUCAGCGUGUCCUGGGACCCCCCCGCGCUCCCUGUGCCACCCCCCGGCCAUCCCAGUGUCCCCAGUUCCCCCCGCUCGGAGCAUCCCCGGGACCCCCCCCCCUUCUCCUGUGCCGGGACUCCCCGCUCUGCGUGUCCUCGGGACCCCCCCCCUUUUGCACAUCCCCCCCUUCCCUCCGGGGCACCCCGGCCCCCCCGCUCGGAGCAUCCCCGGACAGACGGACGGACAGGGCCCGGCCGGGGGGGCCGGGGGGGCCGGACGGACACGUUGUGCAACGGCCCCGCCGCUAUAAAGGGGCCGGGAUGGAGCCACCGCCGCCACCCGACGGGACCCGCGGGGCGACCAGGCUCAGCCAGUGGGUGCGAGGCUGUGAUCCCGGCGGGAUGCGGUGUCCCGGCGUGUCCCUGUGGGGGCUCCUGUGCCUGGGGGUGGCCGUGGCCGGGGGUCGCCCCGUGCGGCUCGAGAGGGUCCGCGGGGACGCCCGGACCCUCACCCGGACCCUCAGCACCCGCCUCCAGCAGCUGCAGCUGUUCCCCCUGACCCUGCGUGUCACCGGCCUGGAGGGGGUCCCGGAGGGGGGGUUCCCGGACGGGGGGGUCCCGGCGGGGCUGGGGGUGGCAGCCCAGCGGCUCCAGCUGUUCCAGCGGCUCCUGGGGGCGGUGCCCGGGGGCGACCUGCGCCUGGCACAGGUGGCCAACGACCUGGAGAACCUGCACAGCCUCCUGGGGGUCCUGGGGGCCCUGCUGGGCUGCCCCCCGCCCCGCGACCCCCCCCCGGCCGCCCCGGCCCCGCUGGCCGAGGCUCCCCACACCGUGGCCGGGGUGGCCCUGGCACGGCUCCGGGGGUGCCUGGAGGGGAUCGCCGCCCACCUCGAGGGGGACCCCGCCUGUUAGGGACCCCCGGACCCCACCGGGACCCCCGGGACCACCCCAACACCCCAUGGACGCGACCAGGACCUCACCAGGACCCCAGCGGGACCCCCACAAGGGCUCCUGUGACCCCACAUACCCCACCAGGCUCAGCAGGACCCCACGGACACAACCAGGACCCCACGGAGACACCACAAGGACCCCCCAGGUCCCACCAGGACCCAUCCCACAGACCCCCCAGGAUCCCAUGGACCCCCUCAGGGAUCCCCAGGACCGCACGGACACAAUCGGGACCUCAGCAGGACCCCCCUGGGACCCCCCCCAGAUCACACGGGACCCCCAUGGGGGACCCCACAACUGUCCCCAGGCACUGGAGCGACUCCAGCUGCUGCCGGCGCCUCUUUUUCUACAUCACUACUAUUAUUAUUAUUAUUAUUGUUUGUUAUUAAGUAUUUUUAUUUAUUGACUUUAAUUUAAAAUAAAGCCCCUUUUCCAGCA